GGCAGGAGCCAACCCCCCUCUGUGUGCCCCCAGAAGCGGGGGGUGUCCUCAGAGGAAGAGGAGGGGGAAGUGGACAGCGAGGUGGAGCUGCCGCUGCGGCAGAGGUGGCCCCCGGCCAUGAGCCAGCGCCCGUCGCUCUCCACCUUCAGCUCCGAGAACUUCUCGGAUGGGGACGGGGACGGGGACGGGGACGGGGAGGGGGAGGGGCUCACGAGCGAGGCCUCCCCCAGCGCCACCCCCGACGUGGGCAGCACCAACACGGACGAGCGCCCGGACGAGCGCUCCGAGGAUCUGCUCUCGCAGGGCUCCGAGAUCCCCAUGGACACCGCCCCCCCCGACGGACCCCCGAGACCCAAGGUCUCCGAGGACUCGGACUGCGACAGCGCGGAGCUGGAUCACUCAGGCAGCGGCGAGGGCCCCCCAAGACCCACGGCCCCCCCCGGCCUGUGACCUGUGCCCAACCCCCCCCUGCACCCCCUGCACCCCCCCCGCACCCCACUUGUACAGCCCCAUGUAUUUAUAUAAAUAUCUAUGGAUCUCUA